AACUUUUAUCCCUUCCCGAAGACAAACUUCGGAACGCCUCGCUCUGGGAAGGUGUAGAACGGGCAGCGGCGGUAGCUCACGGGCUGAGGUGCGGUGUUCUGCCGGAGGUGCGGAAAAUUUGACCUGAAUCUACGAACCAAUGAAGAAAAAUGAAAGGACAGAACAUACCAGCUGUCAUGAUCUGUGUAUUUCACAUCAGUGCUACACUUUGGGGUUUUACAGAACAGGAAGAAGUAACAGGACUUUUUUCCAAGGAUUGCAUCCUCCCUUGUCGUUUCACACCUGGGCAUGAUGAAGUAAUUCACUGGAGCAAAGAGAACAAAAAUGUGCACAGUUACUACCAGCAGAAGGAUCAGCUGGGAGCACAAGAUCCACAUUACAGACUCAGAACACACCUUUUCCAUGAGAACAUCCCUAGUGGAAAUGCCUCCUUGAAACUUAGUAACCUGACCAUGACUGACCAGGGCUCUUAUACCUGCUACGUGGGAACAGCCCAACAUCAAACAGAAGUGGAAGUGCAACUACGAGUUAAAGCUCCUUCUUCUUAUGCACUGGAAUACCAAAAGACAAACACAGAAAGGAGACUGAAGUGCUAUGCUUUUCUCACUUAUCCAGCACCAACUAUGUCUUGGGUACAGGGCAGUACAUACAUCCAGGAGACAGAUCGGGAGGAAACUAGGAAUGGAGUUCUCUAUUCUCUUAGAAGUGACAAGGACAUUAUAAAUGUGACAGAUACUUACCAAUGUCAUAUUCAUUUGGAUCAUGAAGUGUGGGCUGCUGAAUGGAAGAUGCAAGACCACCUGCCCAAGGUGGAAGGAGAGAGCACCGUAAUUGCUUGUGAACACGGCCUUGACACUGCAAGCACUGAUGGUUUCAGUGUUGUCUGGACAUUGCACAGAAAUGCAGUGACCUCAGUCCUGGCCUCCUUCAAUGGCACAUCUCACUCUCACCAGCCUCGAGUCCAGCUUAAUGAAAGUGACUUUUCGCUGAGGCUGGAUCAUCUUACUGCAGGCGACAGUGGAGAAUAUCUGUGUAAUAUUUCAACACCUCUCUACACAAAACUUGCUGUGACAACUUUGCAUGUCGAAAAUUCAGGUAACACUUGGAAAAUUGUGCUAGGAGUGCUUUGUGCUGUGGUGGCAGUGGUGACAAUAGCAGCGGUACUUUGCUAUCUCAAGAAAAAAAAGAAGAGAGGAAUCAUACAGAGACCUUGACGUACAGGAAGAAAAUAUCUCUCUGCACACAGAUACUCCUGAGACUGGUGACGAAAAGAGCAAAGAGUGCCACCACCUUCC